CCCCUCCCUCUUCCCGGGUAUUUCUGAGAUAGGACUGAGCACUGGAUGUUUUUGACCUUCUUGAUUACUUUAUGCUCCGGACAACCACAUGGCAAAUUAAAUUUCGCAACACGAUCAACGGAGAGAUGCCUCAAGCUGGUAGAUGUCGCACAAGUUGUGCGUAAAAAUGGCACGGAAGAUCCAGUCCCACUCUUGUCCUGACAUCUAUAAGGGCUUGCUUAUUUAUUGUUAUAAAGCUUUAUUGUCUGAGCAGGAACAGAGGUAGCGCACGGAUGACAAUUUAAUUUAAACUCGGGUUUUUUUUUGUUUUUUUUUUAUUUUCUUACAACUUUCAGGGUGUGACUUGAUGACACUUUGCGAGGCGUUCGGCAGACCGGCAGCUGCGUGUGGACCAAGAAUGAAUGAUGUUAUUUCUGAGACUAAGAAGAAAGCAGUACAUCCUUUCACUCCUGUCACUGGUGACAGUCAGAUGUUUCAAAAAUACGAUAUUGACUGCUCAGCUGUAUAUGACAUGGACCCGAUGGAGGUGGGUAAAUCGCUGAUCAUCAGGAAGAACCAAAUUGUGGAAGACAACGAUGAAAGUCUGGUUAACCUCACCUCAAACUGCCCUUUCUUCAUCAAAUCCAGAGGUUAUGAUAAAGUGUGUCUCUCAGAGGAGGAGAAAGACUUCCCUCUUGCUUAUUCUAUGGUUGUGCAUAAAUCCGCAUGGAUGGUGGAGAGACUUAUCAAAGCAAUGUACUCACCGAGUAAUAGCUACUGUAUCCACUAUGAUCAGAAGUCCCCAGCUCAAUUUAUUGCAGCCAUGGAGGGUUUAGCGCGCUGUUUGCCCAACGUCUUCAUCGCCUCCAAACGCGAGGCUGUCUUUUAUGCAAGCAUCAGUCGACUGAAAGCUGAUCUGAACUGUCUGUCUGACCUUUUGAGGUCAGAAGUUAAGUGGAAGUAUGUCAUCAAUCUCUGCGGCCAAGAUUUCCCCCUCAGGUCCAAUAUCGAGCUAAUCUCAGAACUGAAGAAGUUAAAUGGCACUAAUAUGUUGGAGACAAGCCGUCCAAGUGAGCAGAAAAAGCAGAGGUUCACCUUUCACCACGAGUUGAGAGACAUCAGCUUUGAGUAUCAAAAACUACCGGUGAAAACGGACCAGACUAAGACCCCGCCACCCCAUGGUAUUGAGAUGUUCACUGGCAAUGCCUACUUUGUCUUGUCACAUGACUUUGUUGUGUACAUGGACUCCUCUGUUGUGGUGAAAGAUUUUUUGGUGUGGUCAGAGGACACCUACUCACCUGAUGAACACUUCUGGGCCACGCUUGUGCGACUGCCUGGUGUACCCGGGGAGGUGCCCAGAUCCCAGCCUGAUAUCACUGACCUGAUGAGUAAGACCAGGCUGGUGAAGUGGGAGUAUCUGGAGGAGAACCUCUACCCACCCUGCACAGGGAAACACAUUCGCAGCGUUUGUAUUUAUGGUGCAGCGGAGACACAUUGGUUACUGAACUACGGUCACUGGUUCGCCAAUAAGUUUGACCCCAAAGUGGACCCCGUUGUCAUUCAGUGCCUUGAGGAGAAGCUGGAGGAAAAACAAAGGUUUUUCCAAUCAGCAUCACCAGCCUGUCGGAAAGGAUAAUCUACCUAAACUACAGUAUAAAGCUGGAAUAAUUAGUCAAUUAACUAUUAAGUUGAC